AUGUCUGAUCUCACUCUAAGACUUGGAGAUGAGUGUAUGGACAUGUUAUUAUUAUUGAAAUGCAAUAAAAAGCAAAUAAAUUAUGUUAACUAUCUAUUUCAAGACCAAUCUCUUGGCGUUCCUAUAAAUAUAAUCGUUACCCACGUUUUCUUGUUUCAAAAAAAUCCGUCUAGCAUACCUAUUACGUUAAGAGACGCCGAAAGAUUGUUGGACGCUGGGAACAUAUUCUUUAUCAAAGUCAAAAGAAAAAGAAUGGGUUUACAAUGGGAUACACUCUCUUGGGUUACUGGAUUAAAUCUGUAUAGUCUGGUUGGCGGACAAGUGGAUGAUUCAACUGAAGGCUUGUCCUAUUUUGGAAAGACGAUUUGCAAUGAAUAUUUAUCGGCUAGCUUAGUGGAAAUGAGUUCCGGCUUUGCAGCUAUUCCAUUUAUAGCUCACGAACUGGGACACAACUUAAAUUUUGACCAUGACCAAAAUAAACACUGCCCAAGUAGUUUUAUAAUGUCGGCUUACUCCCAGGAUGCUGUUAAGAACUGGUCACCUUGCACAAAGAGAGAUUGGCUAUCUUUCUUUAAAGGUCCAGAAUACAAUUGCUUGUUUGAAAUGUAUCCCUUAACACCCACAGAAAGGUCCUUUGGCGGACUAAACUUUCCAGGUUCUAUGUAUUCUCUUGAUGAACAAUGCCAAAAUUCUUAUUCCAAACAAAGCAGAUGGAACAGAUUGCAGAAACUGGAAAGAGUCUGUCAAGUGGUGCAAUGCACUAAUACACCUUUAGGCGCUACAACUUUCACAGCAUUAGAAGGGACUAGAUGCGGUAUCAGAAAAAUCUGUUUAAGCCAUAGAUGUUUGGCAGCCAAGGGCAAGCUAACCACUUUAAUGGACUCGAAUAAAAGAUCGAAUUUAGACUCCAUCUUAUUAAAAGAUCAAAGAAAUGCGAUUAACCAAAAAAAUUUCAGCUUGAUAAAUAUUAACAAUAAAAUUAACAUAAGGACAAGAAUGAAAAGGGACACAAAAAAAGAAAAAAAUUCAAAGUUCAGCCGUAAUUUCACUCUGGAUUUGAUGGAUAACUCUAAAUGGCUGAUGGAGGAUCAAAAACGAAAUUCACUAAAAGAAACAACGAAAUAUUUCGGGCAAGAGUUUCGACAAGUAGGCCAAAAGACUGGUUAUCCUCAGAAUUUCCUCGAUUAAUAUUCUGCGCUAGCUAAA